AUGGCACCUGUCUGGGCUUCAGAUAGCAGCGACGAUGACUUGCCUUCGCUAGAAGACAUUUUAAGCCGCACUCGAGGAAUUCCGCAGGCAGGUUCUAAGCCUACUUCAACAAGGAAGCCUAAGGAGGCAUCGAAACUUGUGACGGGACCAGGCGUUCAAGAGAAAGCGACGGUACCACCAGCAAAAGAAAGCACAGUAAGGCGUCGAAAGCUGGGUCAGACUGUCGAUAACCCUCUUCUCCGACCAUGGGGCCAAGGAACUGGUGAUGAGAAGGCCAGUGGGACCCGAACUGCCAGCUUGAAACUGAGCGAGCCAGAGAAGUCUACUACGCUGCGCGUGGAACUUCGGGUUAGAAAACCGCGAGCCGUCGCAACUGCGGUCGAGUUGGAAGAUUCCGAAGAUGACGAUGAAACAGUGGUAGAGGACAUAACCAUCAUGGACGACUCGGUGUAUUUUUCAUUCUCGGACCCGGACUCGGAUGACGACUUUGUGGUACCAGACUCCGACUCUGGUGAAAUAUUAAACCCCAAGUCAAAAUCCGCGCGGCCCAAGCAGCACGGCAAGCAACCAUCCAGAAGUUUGAACCGAAGAAAAUUGGAGGAUAAUGAAAGAAAACUCGUCACGAGAACGACAUCAAUGAGGGAGCCUAAACUAAACAGUGAAACUGGUGCAAGUGGUGCCAGACAAGACGAAUCAGGCACAGAAACAUCAACCUUUAAUACCAGGAGUAAAAAAUCCGAGAAUAUCACGGAUAAGGAUAAGAAGAGGCUAAGCCGGAAGGCCGCAAACGAAAAGACCCAUCCAUCCGCGGCCGAUGAUGAUCUGGUUGGGACAUUAUCCAAGCUCCGACUAGACCCCGGGACUGUUCCACAUUCUCUGAGUAACAAAGGUCAAGCGACAGGCAGCAGUGAAGACAUCCCUAGUGUGAGGCCAUCGACACCACCAAGUACACCACCCAAAUCCCGCCCCAAAGGACUCGUAUCUCCAACAAAAAAACUCACCAAAAUACCCAUGACGCCCCAUGGUCCCACGACGGACGCCUUCUGGAGCCAAGAGUUCAAUGACGACUGGAAUGAACAGCAUUCUCCCAAGAAACUAUUCCAACCACCGCCCCUCCCAAGUCCGACCAAGUCAAGCCCGACAAAGAAGGAGCAGGCUGUGCAGCGCGAGGCCAAGAAGAGCUUCGAGGCCAGCAAGCACGAGAUUGCCAACAAGUUCUUGCGCGAGCUGGACCAGGUCAUCACGGAGGGUCGGCUAACGAAACUGUCCGAGUCCACCGGCGGCAUCAAACUUCAAUGGACCAAGACGCUCAACACGACUGCAGGACGGGCAAACUGGCGGCGCGAGACGAUUCAACGCAAGCAUUCCCGCCCAGCGGCAGGCGCCCAUGGGUCCGCCGAGAUCGUCACGACCACCGAGUGCCGGCACCAUGCCACCAUCGAACUGGCCGACAAGGUCAUCGACAGCGAAGACCGGCUGCUCAACGUGCUAGCGCAUGAAUUCUGCCAUCUGGCCACCUUCAUGAUCACUGGCGUGACCAACAACCCGCACGGGCGCGAGUUCAAGUCGUGGGCGGCCAAGUGUUCCCGGGCCUUUGGCCACCGCGGCAUCGACGUGACGACCAAGCACAGCUACGAGAUCGACUUCAAGUUUGCGUGGGAGUGCGUCGAGUGCGCCGGGGAGUACAAGCGACACUCGCGCAGCAUCAACCCGCAGAGGCAUCGCUGCGGCAGGUGCAAGGGCGAGCUCCGCCAGACCAAGCCCGUGCCUAGAGGGGCGGCGGCUGGUGCCAAGGUUGGGGAGUCCAAGAAAAAGGAGCCGACAGAAUACCAGAUGUUCAUGAAGGAGCAGAUGAAGAUCAUACGGGAGGAGAACCCCGGCAGUCCGCAGAAGGACAUAAUGAAGCAGGUCGCCGAAAGGUGGUCCAAGGUUAAGCCCAAGACGAAAGGUGGCGCGAAAAAGGGCGCAUGUGUAGACGAUCUCGAUAAUGCUACCAAGGGUCUGGUAGACCUGACGCUUGAGGGAUAA